CAAGCUUGUUGUGGUUAACCGUGAAGGGUGAGGGAGUUCUGAGCCAGAAAGAGGAGGUGUGUUACGGAAGGAAGUGGCCCGGGAAGACUCCUGCAGGAGCUCAGAUUAGUCUUCUUUACUUCUGGUUACCAUGGCAUUAUCUGCUCUAGACCUGGGAGAGAUGGUCACGGUAGUAGCGAAGCUGGUGCAUUGCUUUCACCUCCGUUGCAGAUAUGGCCAGUAUUCUGUGAACCAGGAACUCACCAAAAUUACAGGAAGAACUCCAUUUAAUCAAUCUGCAUCCCAGGAUUUCUUGAAUGACAUGUACAUGGAGGACUAUUGGACUGAAGUAGAAAAUAUCAAACAAUCUAAUGAGAACAGACAAAAUCAAGAAGAGGUGGUUGUCAAGGAGCCUGAUGAGGGAGAACUGGAAGAAGAGUGGCUCAAGGAGGCAGGUUUGUACAAUCUCUUCGGCGAGUCAGCUGGAGACUCCCAAGAUAGUAUGGUGUUUUUAGCCACAUUGACUCGGACCCAGGCAGCCGCUGUGCAGAAACGAGUAGAAACAGUCUCCCAGACCUUGAGGAAAAAAAACAAGCAGCACCAGAUUCCUGAUGUCAGAGACAUAUUUGCUCAACAGCGAGAGUCAACAGAAAAAGCUCCAGAUGGCACUGAAUUGCAGUCAGACAGAACAAAUGAAAACAAAUACAAAGGAAAAGAUGACCAGGAAUCUAGCCUAGCUUUGGGUAAAAAGGAGCCGAUCCCACCAGUGUCUGAAGAAACUGUUGUCCCUGAAGCAGAUAUCAACCUCAAUGUGUCAUUUGCGGAGCAAGCGGCCACUCAGAAAGAAAAUUCCAAGGAUAAGAUCCAGAAGAACAAUGGCAACAAUGCCCAAAUACCUAAUUCAAAGUUGCCAAAAGACAAAACUGGCACCACCAAGAUUGGUGAUCUCGCACCCCAGGACAUGAAGAAAGUUUGCCCAAUAGUCCUAGUUGAACUGACUGCUCUCUUUGAUAUCUUGGGGGUUGAACUGAAGCAACAAAAAGCUGUGAAAAUCAAAACAAGAGAUUCUGGCCUCUUUGGUGUUCCACUGACAGUAUUGUUAGAACAAGAUCAGAGAAAAAUACCAGGGACUCGAAUACCCUUAAUAUUUCAAAAACUGAUUUCUCAUAUUGAAGAAGGAGGUUUGGAAACAGAAGGUCUCUUAAGAAUACCUGGAGCUGCAUUUAGGAUCAAGAAUCUCUGCCAAGAACUGGAAGCAAAGUUUUAUGAAGGGACUUUUAAUUGGGAAAGUGUCAAACAACAUGACGCAGCCAGCCUGCUAAAGCACUUCAUCCGGGAGCUGCCCCAGCCGCUACUUAGUGUUGAAUAUCUCAGAGCCUUCCAGACUGUCCAGAAUCUGCCAACCAGGAACCAGCAGCUACAGGCCUUGAACCUGCUUGUCAUUCUCCUGCCUGAUUCAAACAGGGACACACUGAAGGCCCUGCUUGAAUUUCUUCAAAGAGUAAUAGAUAAGAGAGAGAAAAAUAAGAUGACAGUAAUGAAUGUGGCAAUGGUCAUGGCCCCCAAUCUCUUCAUGAGUCACACAUGGGGAUUAAAGUCCAAUGAACAGCAAGAAUUUGGAAUGGCAGCUGGCACAGCUAAUGUCAUGCACUUAUUGAUUAAAUAUCAAGAAAUUAUCUGGACAAUUCCGCAAUUUAUUCUCAGCCAACUGAGAAAACUGAACACUGAAAAGCAGAAAAAAGAGAAAAAAGCCAGGAAGAAAUUGCUGAAGAAAAUGACUCACGAUCGAGAAAAAUAUGAAAAACAAGAUAAGAAUACAAAUGAUGCUGAAGUUCCUCAGGGAGUGAUUCGAGUGCAAGCUCCCCAUCUUUCGAAAGUUUCCAUGGCAAUACAGCUAACGGAAGAACUAAAAGCCAGCGAUGUACUUGCCAGAUUUCUCAGCCAAGAAAGUGGAAUUGCCCAGACACUCAAAAAAGGGGAAGUUUGUUUGUAUGAAAUUGGAGGAAAUAUUGGAGAACGCUGCCUGCAUGAUGACACGUAUAUGAAGGACUUGUAUCAGCUCAACCCAAAUGCUGAGUGGGUUAUAAAAUCAAAGCCAUCAUAGAAGAUGUAUGCUGCAGAUAACUAGAAGGACUUUUUUAAUACUUGCUUGGUCAAGAAUGUAAAUAAAAGGAACAAGAGACUGUCAUUAUUCAAGUAUUCCCGACUGUUGAGUAGAGACACUCUCAAGCUUGAAAAUGUAAAUUUGUGCGGCUGCCAGAAUUAUGUUAAUAAUAAUUAUCAAUAUUAUUAUUAGAAAGCAGGUAUCUCUGGAGAGAAAGGAAAGGGACUUAGUGAGCCUGUAGGCUAUUUUUAUAUAAACUGAAAUAAGCCCAAAUGUGACAACUUUUUUUUUUUAAUGUGAAAAUGUACUCUCUGUCUCUUACUUUUUGGACCAAAAAUCUUAUACACAGUAAUAUAUACUUUCUCUUCUCCUUGCAUCUGCCUUUCCCUGAUGAGGUUUUUCUUUUAAACAACAACAACAACAAAAAUAAUAAUAUUGAAUACUAGGUAUGGCAAGUUGUGAAGUCAGUACAUCUAAAAACCAGACCAGAUUCAGUGGUUUUCUUUGCUCUAUCAAAUGUUAAUAUCCAUCUUUUUGGAUCAAUUGCUCAGACAGUAAUGUUCUCUUUCUGCUUUAUCAUGUGUUCUAUGUGGCACUGUUUUCAGGUCAUCUAAGAUGCGCAGGGCUGUAUCCAUGGGAAAUAGGUCUUUCAGAAACUGCCAAUUAGAACUGAAAGAAUGAAUAAUUACACAUGGAAAAUAAAUAAAAUAUAUCCACAUGGAAUAACUGGAUUAUGGAGAACAAGAGAGUGGAAGCCAAAUCACUUUAUAUAUUCUGUGCCCCUCACAUGAAGUGUUACAUCAUAGCUGGCUUUACCUGAUGUCAUGUUAGCAGCGUCAAGAUGCAUCAUAGUAUAAUCCAGUGGUGUUUAGAUUGCAUUCAACAUAAGGAGUUUUCUUCAAAGUUUUACUCAUAAAGAAGUCUGCAGGAAUAAUUAUUCUUUUGGGUAUGACACAGUCAUAUAAACAAGCUUUUGUUUGUGUGCUUAUUUUAAACAACCAGAAUAAAUUUAUUAAAAUGCUGUGGAAAGUGCUUUUCCCAGGGAUUUAGUGCACACACCAUAUUGUGACAAGAUGUGCCUCUGUACUAGAAAUAAGAGGAAUGCAGUGAGAGAGAAAUGUUCAAUAUUUUAUGAGUUUAGAGUGUAGUAAAUAAAAGGUGAUGUAAAUGAAAUGUUGCACACACUGUGUUUAUGAUACUUUUAGUAGUACUUUAGGAAAAAUUACACAUUCUCAGAAGCUCUUGAUGUCACUCUAAUUAGGAGCAUUCUCACUAAAAUGCUGUUAGUGAGAACAUUCAUAAAAUUUUUAGCAUAUAAUUACAGGAGCAGCCUGUGAAUAUAAUCACUUAAAUAACUGGUGAUUUGUGCCAUUUCUUGUUUAUUUUUAAAAAUUUUAUAAUUAAAUACACUUUUUUUCUAAA